CACAGUUUCUUUAUCAUUUCGGUGGCGAGCUUAACGUAGUAUGGCCGUCGUUUGGAAGUAUUCACAGUUUUACUUCCACAAAGAAUACGCGAUAAACAUAUCCCAAAGCGAAUUACGAAAAAUAUUUUUAAACAAAUUUUUUACGCGAGUGAGAUAAACAGUUAAGAUAGUGUUAAUAAUAAAUUGAUAUAAAAUAUAACAAGUCUUUCCGAUUUUUGCAUACUUGGCGAUUUGCUUCAAUUUACAAAUAUGUGGUUAAUAAGUCAACCUAAUUCUGUGAUUUUGGAAGUGAAGGCUGAUCCAAAUGCAAUUGGUCAACAAUGCCUGGAAAAGGUAUGCGAAAAACUGGAGAUCGGAGCCGAAGCAGAUUACUUCGGCCUACGAGUUUGCUCAGGAUCAGGACCUGGAAGAUGGUUAAAUCUCCGGAACCCUCUCGAUCCACAUCGCAUACCAGGCGGACGACUAGAAUUGAGAGUCAAAUUCUGGGUUCCUCCACACCUUCUAAUUUACGAACCCACCCGACAUCAAUUCUAUCUCCACGCUAAACUAGAUCUCAUCGAAGGUAGAUUAGUCGUAGCGGACCAAGAAGUGGCCAGAAGGUUGAUCGCCUACAUCGCGCAAGCCGAAACCGGGGAUUGCGAUCCAGAUGUACCGACACAAGUUUACGAAGAAUGCAAUAAAAUUGGACCUCAGGGUGAAAAACCUGAUGACCAUAUCAAUAAGAUCAUUGAGUACCAUAUGGAGAUUGCUGGAAUGAAGGCAUCUCAAGCCGAAUAUAGACUAUUGAAAGAAAUAUCGAAACUUGAAUCUUUCGGCGAAGAACUAUUUUUUUGCAAGCCCAUAACACAAAACAAUAACGCCCAUAACCUGUACAGUCACUUGCUCUAUCAUAGGCAGCAAGUCGAAGAACCGAGGGCGAGGGACGAUCAAGAAAUUGAUGGUAGUGCAACUGUAGGAUGUUUAACGUCAGGUCAGAGCGGCGGAGGCUGCGGGUGCAGGCUCAGCACAUGUUUGGGAGUGGGGCCACACGGCCUCGUCGUGUAUCGGCCCGCGUGCAACGGGGAGCAGGACAUUGGUGUCGAAAAACAGAGCAUUCCAUACACGGCGAUACACCGCGCGCAACCACUCCGGCGCAUCUUCCAAAUGUCGUACGUAACCGGCGAGGGAAACGAGGCCACACUACACGUCAAAAUGGCUACCUCCGGACAGGCCGCCGCGCUCUACCGCGCCGUCACAGAGAAGCACGCCUUCUACUGCUGCGAGACUGUACGCAGUGACGUCACAGAACAGUUCAUCAGAGAUUUGAAGGGCACCAUAGCUUCAAUCUUCAACGACUCUUCGACUCUGGGUCGUAGGUACGUGUUCGACAUACGUCGCACAUGCCGCGAGGUGCACGACAGGGCGCGACGCGAUGCACACUUGGCAGAAACACGCCGAACCACGCCACGGGCUGUACAAGAGGAGUCCAGUCGCGGGCGGUCGCGAUCCCGCAGCGGCAGCGGUUCGGCGCUGGCCUGCCGCGUGUGCAUGGACCAGAACAUCGACACGCUGUUCCUUCCGUGCCGCCAUCUGCUGUGCUGUGCUACCUGUGCACCCAGAUGUGAGCGGUGCCCACUUUGUCGUGGAGAAAUAGAGAAGCUAAUGCACAUAUUUCUACCAGUGGAGUACUCACAGAGUACGGGUAUCAUAAUAAAAUGAGCGCCAUUCUCAUUUGAUGCUUCCUCCCUACUCCGGGUAUGACAAAAUAUGCAAUCAGACAAGGGAUCGAAAGCUGAUUUGGAAUAAAUGUUUUACCAUAUGCAAUAGGUACUUACCUAGGUACUUCGUCAAUUAACUUGCCUUAUAAUUGAUAUUAUGUCA